AUGUCCAAUUUGAGCUACCACGACGUGUUCUGGUUCGUGCCAAACCUUAUCGGCUACUCGCGCGUAGCCCUGACUGCCGUCGCCGUCUACUCCAUGUACAGCGAGCACUGGGUAGCCAUGUUUUUCUCGUAUGCAAUUUCCGAGCUCCUGGACGCCGCUGACGGCUACUACGCACGCAAGCUUCACCAGUGCAGCAAGUUUGGCGAAGUGCUAGACAUGGUGACGGACCGGUGCACGACGACGGUGCUUCUGACGUACCUGGCGCAGCUGUACCCCAAAUGUGCACUGAUAUUCUGUCUGCUGAUCUCGCUGGAUAUCUCGAGCCACUACAUGCAGAUGUACAGCCAGCUGAUCACGGGCAAGACGAACCACAAGCAGGUGGACGCCAAGCACGCAUUGGAUUCUGCGCGCAUACUAUACAGACCGCCGGGUGCUGUUUGGCUUCUGUUUCGGCAACGAGGCGUUUUUCAUGCUGAUCUAUGUUCUGCAUUAUGUGAACGGCAUUGGCGUGCUGGCUGGUGGCCGCAUUGGCGGUACUGGCAGGCCCGGUGUGUGUGGAUCAAGAACCUUAUUAAUGCUGUGCAGCUGUAUGAGUCGGCCAAGGAUCUGGCGCGCCUGGACGCGGCUCAGCUGAAUCGCGAGCGGGCAGCGAGGGAAUAG